AUGACAUCUUAUCUAAUCAAUGAAUUAAGGAAAGCCAUAAAAACUCAAGGACUAAAUGCCGAAGAACUCUUUACAGAGUACGACAGAAAAGAAACCGGACUUUUAUCUAUGCAUCAUUUCCGAAAAGUGUUUGCCGACCUCGAAAUAUGGACAGAUGAGAAAGUGUUCAGACGUGAGAUUGCAGAAUAUCGUAAUGAUGAUGGUUUCAUUGAAUAUCGAUCGUUUUUGGCUGCUUUAAAUGAACAAAAUCAGACUUUGGCUUCAACAAGAAAACCAGACGACGUAUUAUUUAAGUUUGGAAGUGAUUUGGAAGAAAGAGGAUUGUCUAUAUGUGAUUGCUUAGCUCCUUAUGACAGAUUUCAUCGCGGUACAGUUUCAGCGGCCACAUUUUUGGCUGUUAUCAUGACCCCUUUAGCUCCUGAAAUUGCAAAACGAUACGCAGUUCCUCCAGAUAAUUUAAUUCAUUUCUACGACUUAAACAAAGAAAUUCAAGAAAUUCUUAAAAACAAACCGCAAACACAAACCAAAGUUGUUACCAUGGAAACCGUUCAACUUCCAGACAAGACACUCAACAAAAUUCCUAAAUUAUCUGUUCAAAUUAAACAAUAUGGAAUAGAUCCACUGGCAACUUUUAAACAAUACGAUCUAGAAAAGACAAAUUUGAUUACUAAAGGUGCUUUCAUGAGAGGUCUUUCUGCUCUUUCUCCAAAUAUCGCACCAGAUGAAAUUAAAGAGAUUGCAAGUGCCUUUUCAAAUGCAAAUGGGCUAGUAAAUUACACAGAAUUCUGUGAUAUUGUCAAUCAACAGCAGGAAAUCAGCGAAAAGAAGAUAGAAAAUGAAACACGCGAGUAUACAUUAAGUAUUCUACCAAAACCUGUCGAUCCAGAAGUAGCUUUCAAGAAACUUUACUACAUAAUCCAAGAUAGGCACGCACAGCUCAUUGGGCACUGCCAAAACUUUGAUCCAAAUGAAACAGGAAAAAUUGAUCGCCAAACGUUUUUACAGAUACUUAAAGCUGAAGGAUAUCCUCUAAAUGAUCUUGAGAAAGAAGCAAUCGUUUCAAAAUACAUUGACGACAAAAAUAAAAUUAAUUACGAGAAACUUUCAUCAGAUAUCGAUAUGCAGAGCCCUAAUGACUUAGUUGAAAAGACAGAAACACUUGUUGUCAUGCUUAAAGAUCAUUUAUUGAGAAAACAAUUAAAUAUAACUUCAAUUUGCAAUAAACUUGACCAAUCUCAUUCUGGAGCUCUUACAUUCAAUCAACUAUUAGCUUUACUUAGAAUUAUUCAGUUUGACGUGAAUGUUAAAGAACAAUCUUUAUUAAGAAUGAGAUUUGCAACAAACAAGGACGGUACUAUUCCAAUUGAAGACCUUUGCAAAGAGUUAAAUCCUCCUGAACCAGAAACAACAGAAAAUGAAAAGAAAGAAGAGGAAGAACCAGUAAAGAAAAGAAUUGAAAGAACAGAACCAACAGAUGAAGAAAAGGAGGCACUUGCAAGAAUCGCUGCAAUAUCAAAUCGCCAAAGUGUUGAUAUUCGUGGAGAAUGCAAAGUUUAUGAUGGAAAAUUAUUUGGAACAAUCCAAGAAUCGAAGUUCAGAAACGUAUUAAUCAGAAUAGGUAACAUUUCUGAUCAAGAUAUUGACCUAUUUGCCCAUAGAUACGUUGGUAGAAUUCCUACCGAGAUCAAUUACGCUGAUUUCGCUAACGAUGUUGAUAAAUAUGGUACAGAAUUCCUAAGUACUAAGCCAGAGAUCACAACAAAGGUAUUUGCUGAGUCCCCAGAGCCGUCUGAAGAAACAAUUGCUGCAAUGAAGGCAUUCCGGGUCUUCCUUUCAAAGCGCGGUGCAGAGCCAAUGGAACAUUUCGUCCCUUACGAUCAUAGGAAAACAGGUCACGUACGUUGCGACAGAGCCGAACAAAUUAUUAUUUCAACAAGGCCUCCUUUGACAAGGGAUCAGAUUAAAUCCAUCAUUGACGCAUAUGCAUUACCAAAUUGUUCAGAAAUCUUUGAUUACACCAGAAUGUGCAAUGUUUGCAUGGCCAAAGAAGUGAAAUCAGAAGAACUUGCCACAUUUAAACUAGAAAAGCCAUCAAUGGACCAUAGAUGUGCCGAUGCUUUGUCAAUUGUAAGAGAUAAGAUAUACAGCAGAAGAAGGAGACCAUUAGACCUAUUCAAAGACGUUAAAGAACCAGCAAUACCGGCCAGCGAUUUCAGAAUGAGGUUUAGUGAAUUUGGUAUUAACCUUCGUGAGCCAGAUCUCCAAACAAUUAUGAAAUAUUUCAGAGCAAACAUGAGAGGCGAUGUUGAUUGGAUGGACUUCUGCAACAAGGUUGAAAACCUCAAGUUCCAGUAA